AAGCAAUAGGCAGUUAUUCUUGUAAUCGGGAAGGAGUAAGAGGAUCUUAUCCACCACAUAUCAUGAAAAACUCUACCAAGUUUUGUAUUUAUCUUAUCAUAACAUGCUUGUCACCAAUAAGGGCGGAAGGUAAGUCCAAGCAACUGAAAUUUGCCAAACUUUCGGUUUUGUAUCCACCGUUGAAUUGGAACACGCCUUAAAUUAAAUGAGAACUAUUUCCUAAGCCUAUUUGACAUAAACGCUGUUUUAAAGUAAGAUUUUAGCAUUCAACUUCCCCACUGCUUUUCCUAAAUUUGUUUGUUGCUUCAAAAGGGGAAAAUAUUUUCAGCGACUUUGUGCACCGUGCAACAGCUUCCAGUGUUGUGUCUGCCGGUAACUCAUUACGGUAUUUCGUCGUUAAUCGACGCUCCUGCAUCUUAGAGAGUUGUUAUAUGUAAAUCUGCGAGAAAACAUUACAUGUCGCCAACAAUCGUGAUGUAUCGAAAGGGUGGUUACCUUAACUCUAAACAUUUCCGAAUUUCUUAAUGAUUGCGAUCCCGACUACUGACUAUUGCUGGACUACUGGCCUUAUAGAAACAUGAUUUUUAUUUCAUUUUACAGUUGUGAAUGACUUGCGUCCUUUAAUAUCAGCUGUUUAACUUUUACGAAGUAAAGAAGGUUAUUUCGAAUAUAAUUGAGUCAAUGUUUAGGCACGAAGUAAUUCAAUUAAUAGCGACCUUGAGCAGUCAGGACGGCAACGCCAAGGAAGACUUCGAUUAAAAAAUUAAUUUCUGCCUUUAAUUAGAAUUUUAAAAAUGGCUGCAUCUGUUUACUGUCUCGUGCGGCGUCACACCUCAACUUCAGCAUAACGUUUGAAAGAAGCGUUGAGUUCCAAAUGGAAAUUAAAAUAAUUUGCAGUCGCGGUUUCGGCUGCGUAGGACUGUUAAGAAAUGCAUAUCCAAAGACCCAGUUUUAGUUGGGCAAUUUAUUACAGCUGUUGCUUCGCAAUAAUUCAUCUUGGUAUGCUGAGACUUUUAAUAUUACCAGUAAGUACUUUUAACCCAUAGAAGAGGUAAAUUGUUUUAUUUCUUAUACCCCUUUAAGGAAACAUCAUUCUAUUUAAAUCACAGGACUCUCCCCCACUUAAAACCCCUGAGCCUAAAUUUAAUUUGAAAUUGAAGGCCUUCCCUGUUUUUACUACAUACAAUUUCAACAAUCUCAAACUUGACACAGAAAUAGAUUCUGCAAAAUCUUGCACCCUUUUUCCCAUAACCAGAUGUGCCUUUCUGUUUAACAAACACCCUUUUUUUUUUUUAGAUGAUUCAAACAAAGGUGGAUGGUGCUGGAAAGAGUAUACUACUGUCGGCUUAGUAGGAGGUGCAGCAGCAGUAGUUGGAGCCCCUUUUGUUCUUUCUGCAGCAGGAUUUACAGCUGCAGGUGUUGCUGCAGGUUCUGUCGCCGCUGGUAUCCAGUCUGCAGUGUACGGGGGAGCUGUGGCUUCAGGCAGCAUAUUUGCAGGACUUCAAAGUGCAGGUGCAGCUGGCAUGGGAGCCAAGGCAAUUGUGGCUCUCUUUUCCUCGGGUGCAGCAGUGAGCACUUACAUCAAGAAUAAGGUUGCUCCAUGUGCGGAGGGACCAAAAUGUUCUUCAGACCCCCCCCAUGAGUAAUUUGUACAGUUGAAUGACUUUCAUGUGUUGGGAACAUUUGUAAUUGAUUGCACAUACCUAUAGGUGCAUAAAAUAAUGUGUUGUUGCAGGAAAUUAAAUACUGAGCACAUAAGAAUGUAAUAAUAACAUGUUUCUUUUUUGGGCUGGUUUUUCUGUGGUCAGAAAUGUCCUAAAACAUCAGCAGGGUCAUUCAAAACCAAAAUGUAAUUUAAGGCAUCACAAUUUCAAAAAGUAUGUAAAAGUAAACACAUUUCAUGCAGUUUGCUAAAGAUGAGUGAAGGAAAUUCAAAUUCAGUUUUUCACACUAACAGUUCUCCAGUUUCCUACUGUGUUAUAGAGAUGACUCCUAGAGAAUAUAUGUGGAUGAAAUACUUCACAGACCAGAUGUUUUCAUAAAAAGGAAGCCAAUUUUCUAGAUAAGGAAAAAAAAUAAAUGCAGGAAUGAGAUACAUCCACAUAUACAGGGGACUGGCAUGACUCUCUCAUUAUGAAACCAAGAAUUGAAAUGUAACAAUUAUCCUAUCAAGUAAGCUUCACUAGGAAGGGCUCCAUUGUGUGGUUAAAAUAUUACACUAAUGAGUUGCAAAUUAAAUUCACAAAUUGCAUUACAGUUUUCUUUCUUUUGACUGUCUCUUUCUGGUCCUGGCUUUGUCUUGUCAUUUUGUCUCCUUAUGAAUGUUUUAUAAUGAGAAAUUAACCCUUUCAUUUCCUUGGACUAUAUCACAAAGGAGUUUGAAAACAGAGUUGAGUUGAAAUGGGGUUUGGUUGUUCAACCAUGUAAAAUACAGUUGCAUGCUUGGUGUGACAAGUUGCGUGACUUGCUAUGUGAUAUCUAACCACACGAGUUUCUGUUAUAUUGUUGAUUCAGCCAAUGAAAUGCAUUUACGCGUGAUUGCACAACCGUGUGCUGGAGUUCCUAAAACAUUGUAGAACGUCGCUCGACUGCAUAUAGUUGUUUUACAAUAAAUCUCCGUUUAAUACCCAAGUGCUGUUUCUUACACUUGGUUGCUAAGCCUUUUAACAGGAGUGAAGCUAAGGGUGACCUUGUUAUGCCACAAACAUUGCUGCUUUUCAAAUGUAAAUUGUCUUGUUAUUUUGCUAACUAGAUACUGGUCUCUAUCACAGCAAGGUCCCUUUCAGCCUCACUCCAAAUCAAAGGCUUGGCAACUAAGUACACUGUGAAAUGGCCUAUUGAGCACCAUGCCAAAAAGAGGAAGACAAACAAAUUAUGAUUGAUAUGGCAAUCAAUUUUAAGCAAUCAUCAAGUGUUACUAUUGACUAAAAAAAAUAGACUGCAAGAAUAUGUCUGUGAAUAUAUAGUGUGAACAAAUAGCAUAAAUAUACACCAUAAACUGUUCUCAUGAGGGUAUAUGUGCAUCUUUAUAGGCUUCAUUUGCUCUCAGACUGUUCAGUUACGAUGUAAUUUCAUGUUGAGUUACGUCAUUACAAGAAUGGUGUGCUUGCUUACGUCAUACACAUUUUUACAUUUUUGUCUUGUGUUAUCAAGGCUGCUUAGUGUGAAUUUUGUCAGAAAAAGUAAUUGAUGGAAAUUAUGUUAGGUUUCUUUUGUUGGGUUUCAAACAGUUACUUUAUUGUUAGAUUUAUUAAAAUACAAUGAGGUCCAUAAUUAUCCAAAGUUCCCUUUUGAAAACAUUACGUGCA